GACGACGACGACGACGACGUCAGGCGACGUCGACGACGUUCUCCGUCGCCGUACCCCGCGCUACCGUUACCCAUUCCGCUAACUGUAUCUGGACUUAAUUAUUGGGGCUGCCAGAUAACAUCGCGAUUAUAUAAAAUCACAAAGCAACCCCAAUAAUUGGAAAAUGUCCGGAUUCGCAGCGGCGGGUCUCGUAGCCUUCGAUACUUUCAAGACGAAAGCAUCGCAGAAAUUAUCCGGAUUUAGAAGAAGUACCACCGGUUACGAGGAAUUCGCUUCGUGUGAGGGUAGCAAAGACAACAAGGGAUUCGAGGAUGAGAGAGGAUAUAGCACGCAGCCUUCGUUCGAGUCCCUUCCAGAGCCAGAAAGACCACCAUUGCGACAUAUCGAUACUUACUGCAUGCCAGAAUGUCCAUGUCUAUCGAAGAGGUACACCAUCGCGACGCUAGCUUGUAUAGGGUUUGUUAUUUCGUUUGGAAUGAGAUGUAAUAUGGGCAUGGCUAAGCUAGUAAUGAAAAAUACCACUGACGAAAACAAUACCGUCAGGUUCAACUGGACAGUCGGAACAGAAAGUGCCCUUGACUCGUCAUUCUUCUGGGGUUACCUGAUAACGCAAAUACCCGGUGGCUUCUUCGCGUCGUUGUAUCCUGCAAACAGAAUAUUCGGAGCAGCCAUUGCAAUAUCUGCCUUUUUGAAUUUGCUGGUACCCAGUGCAUUGAAGAUAGAUCCUAUCGUUGACAUGGGUGUACAAGUGUUGAAAGGACUGGUCGAGGGUGUUACGUACCCAGCGUGCCAUGGUAUAUGGAAAUACUGGGCACCUCCUCUGGAGAGAUCGCGUUUGGCCACGUUAGCGUUUUGUGGAUCGUAUGCUGCAAUGGUGAUAGGUAUGCCGCUUUCUGGAUACCUGAGUUCCUGGUUUGGUUGGACGGCGUCGUUUUACUUCUACGGUGUCUGCGGUUUAAUUUGGUAUUGUUUCUGGUUGUGGUUGGCCUUCGAAAAGCCGUCAAAACACCCCAGUAUCUCAGCCCGCGAAUUACGUUACAUCGAGGAUUCGCUCGGUCACGGGGGGGUGCAAGCACCUGUGCCCACGCUGGCAACGACUCCCUGGCGCAAGUUUCUCACUUCGAUGCCCGUAUAUGCCAUCAUCGUCGCGAAUUUUUGUAGAUCGUGGAACUUUUAUCUGCUGGUACUCUUCCAACCGCGUUUCAUGCACGAGUCUUUCGGCAUGCCGCUUGUCGAGACUGGAGUCAUUGGAUCGCUUCCGCACUUGCUGAUGACGAUGAUUGUACCUUGUGGCGGUUUGCUGGCCGAUCACCUCCGUAAACGUGGCAUUAUGUCGACGACAAAUGUCAGGAAGGUUUUCAAUUGCGGUGGUUUCGGUAUGGAGGCUCUCUUCUUCCUGGUGGUGGCUCAAGCGACGACGUCCAAAAAUGGAACCGCGGCUACGGUCGCCCUCGCGAUCGGCGUCGCCUGCAGCGGUUUUGCCAUCUCUGGUUUCAAUGUCAAUCAUCUGGACAUCGCGCCUAGAUACGCUAGUAUCUUGAUGGGCAUGUCCAACGGAAUUGGCACCGUCGCUGGUCUGUUGGUUCCUUUCUUCGUGGAUCAUAUCACGGAAAAGAAGGAUGCACUCAGCUGGCGGAGCGUUUUUAUCAUAGCUGCGUGCGUUCACAUUUUCGGGGUGACAUUCUAUGCUAUUUUCUGCUCCGGCGAGUUGCAACCCUGGGCCGAUCCCACUUUGGAAGAACAAAAGAGCUGGAAUCCUAUGGAUGAAUUCGGCCAGACGAAACCGCCCGUUCCACCUCCGCCGAAAACCAUGCAAUCCGAAUUCAUAAAACAACCGUCCCGAGAUGGAAGCGUCACCGACGAUUGGAAUACUUACGAACAGCCGCCAGCUGAAAAUCACCUGUACGCACGACAGGACAGUAAGGCCUCCGUGAUAAACUACGGCUCGACGGAGACCAACAGCAACAAUCCAUUCCACUCGACGAAUCCAUUCGCCAGCGACGUGAACGCGUCUUUCGUGCAACCACCAGCAACGGACGACUACGCGCAUGACGUCGUGCACAAUCAACAGUGGAACUGA